AAAGAUGACUGGAAACAUAAAGCAAUUAGGCUGGGUGAGCAGGUGGAUUGAGUGGGACAGGCGUCUUAGAGGAGGAGGAAAGGAAAGUAAGAGAGCCAUGUAUAUAUGGAGCUGUGACUCUGUCAGAUGCAGACAAAGACAAGGGGAGCUUUUGGAGUGAAAGAGUGCCGGUACAGACACCAAGAAACCACCAUGAGCAAGACAGCACUGCUGCCCGUGCUCAUGCUAAGUGUCCUGUGUGCGGUCGCCCUGAAGCAGGGCGAGGUGGAAGCCAUCAAGCUGUGUGGCCGCGAGUUCAUCCGCGCCAUUGUCUAUACCUGUGGUGGAUCCAGGUGGAGGAGGAUUCUCAAUGAACCAGCCCUACAAGGAGUGGGCAGCUUUGAGUACCUCGGCACCAGUGUGGCAGUUCCUCAGCACAGACGAGACCUGAAUGAAAAGCUGACAAUCAUGUGCUGUCAGGUGGGCUGCAGAAAGAGUGACCUGGCCUUCUUCUGCUGAGGCACCACACCGACCAGUGUCUACUUCCACAGACUCUCUCCCCGGGCUGCAAAACUACGUCUUUCCAUAAUAAAUUAAAAAAAUCAAUAGAAAUAUGCUUAUCGUCAGUGUCAGACUUGCUGAUAUCCACAGCAUCAGCAGUGAUGCCAACUCUGCAUUACUAAAACACAAAAAUACAAAGUGAAAAUACCUUAGAUGGGGCACAUUGAUAAUUUAGCAGUUUAGCCUUUUUUUUUUACUUGAAUCUUCUAUAUGCAAUCUACCUUCCCUGCAUUUUUAUUUGUUUUGAAAUCUGUCCCUCACAGAUGAAGGUGAAUUGUUCAAUUCACAAUUCACAGCAAUGGCCUUAACUGUGCAAAAAUAAUGUUUUAUCCAUUUUAUGGUAGCACUUCAAUAAGCAAGCUCACUUAUUCAUGUUCAGAAGAUUUCCUUCAUUACUACCCUGUAUAUUUAGGGGACUAACCAAGGCAAUCUAUUGUAUUAUUAUUAUUAUUAUUAUUAUUACGUUUGCUGCACAAAACAUGCUGUAGUAAGCCAAUGAAUAUGAAGCUUAAAGCUUAAAAAUUCACAUUAAGUCAUUGCUACUCUUCCGAGAUUUUAUACUUGCAGCAGUGACCAAUUGCCUCAUUAGAAACACAUACAGGUAGCCACUUAUUACAAACUGCUUUUUGUUGUUACUUGAAACAUAUUUUCUUGCUUUCGACUACAAACCUCCACAUUUCUGGUAACAGCCAUUGUAAGGUCAACAGGUCCCCAGAAACGUAUAUAAACGUAUGAAAUCAUUGCACAUACAACCUGUGAAGGCCAAUAUAAAACAUACACAAAAAAAUUAUAUCAAAAAAGCCCAGAAAGUGACAAGCUGCCCAGACAUAUGAAGGAGGGAUGUAUUCAUUGUAAGCUUGUACAUAUGCACAUAAAUUGAAAUAAAACUUGA